UUUUAGUUUGUUGCCGGCGGUUGGUCGUGGAUGUGAUAAAAAGCUCUGAAAGCUCGAGAGUGCCAAAAUUUGUUGCACAUGUGGGGUUGGGCGGAUUUUUUGGAAUUGAAUUUGGGCUUACCACGUGUGUGGUGAAAUUCACAGGUGAAAGGAACGGACUGGUGCUAUAUGACAGCAUAUUGCUUGGGGUUUUUUAAGGCAUUCUGUGUGGAAAAGUGGUCCGGACGACCUUCGAAAGAACAGAGUGAAGGCGAGGAUCUUUCCCUUUGAAGUGAAGCAUUAAGGCACCUAGCCCUGUGUUGAACCAAGUGCGCGAGUGUGGGAACCCUUCCCAGUUACAAAAUCGGGCAAAAAGUGACGCAACCGGGAAAAAGUGACUCUCAAUCCAACAGGUCUUCGACCCUAGAAAAGCCAUUCUGAGCUCUCCUUUGAGACCCGCUAAUUACGGAUUGAGCGUGCGUGUGUGGUACCAUUUUUUGCCGACGCUCAUUACUUGUCACCGCUUGAUUUAGCUGCCUCGCUACCGAAAAGUAGAUUUGAUCGCCAAAAUGAUGAAAAUGUUUCUCAUGGGCUUCAUAGUAUGGUCGAACGUGCUACUGAUAGUGCCGGCCGAAACUGUCUCGUCUGCCGAUCGACCUACCAACCUGGAAGAUAUCGAACAGGACUUCCUCAAAAACGAACGUCACCUGGCUUUCAAAAAGGAAACCAUCACAGGACAACAGCAACGGGCGACAUCCUCCCAGGGCACAAACCAUUACACGAUCCAAAUCGAACAUCAUCCCGGAGGAGCCAACAGUCAAGUUGGGCACAACUUUGUGACUCCGAUUCCUUCGGCCCCGGCAGCUGCCCCAGCCCCACCCCCACCACAACCAUCAUUGCAACAACAACCGAUUGUCCCAGCUUACUCGAAGGAGUAUGUUCCCCAAUACCCCCAGAAGGUUCCUCAAGUGCAUGAGGACCAUUCGACGUACACGGUGCCUUCGCGGCAAUCGCUGAUCCAGCCAACCAUAGGCGGUGGGGCCCCAACGCAUCACUAUCUGAAUCCCCAGCCGCAGUAUGUUUAUGUUCAGGCACAGCCACCACCGCAACAGAUGCACCAGUACUCCAAUCACCCGAACCUGGCCCAAUCGCUGUUCCACAUUCUGCCACAGAAUCAACAAGCAUUCAUCAUGAUCCCUUCAACGUACUACCAACAGCAAGGCCAACAAUCUAUUCCACAGCAGCCACAACAACCACCUCACUCAGCCCAGCAAUUUGCAGCCUACGUGAAUGAUCAAAAUAGCAAUAGCGUCCAAUCUUAUUCUCAUGGAGAAACGGGAGCAACUGCUCCUCAAACAUUCAGCAAUCCUACAGCUCCCGAGGUCACACCAAAACCGGGAAUCAUUUACGCCACUCCCUCGUCGACUCCGGCACCUCAUCGUAUUCAAUCUCCUUCGGCUGAAUUCUCCAUCGUUAAGAGUGUGGAAACUCCCAUCUAUUUCUCGGCAGACAACCAUAAUCACAAUCCAACCGGAAUUCACUACAGCCAUUCACCAGCAAAACCUGCCAUCCAAAUACAUCACGAAACCCAAACAACCUACCCUUCGAUCAAUCAUCCCAACAAUGGUAUUCUAAACUACUUGGGAGUUCAGCAUAAACCUCCUACUAGCCUUCUGGAUUCGUACGUCCCAAGCUCUCUCCAGGUCAACCACUUUAAGCCUGUUUUGCAAUACCCAACUAAACUCGCACCCUACUAUCAUCAUACGCAACCCGCAUUCCCGGUUCAUCAUCAUCCCUACCAAUACCAUCAUCAUCAUCAUCAACAUCAACCUCACAGCUACGUACAGCCCCAACCUCUGUUCUACCAACCCAGCUAUCCGGUGGCACAUCAAUCUUAUCCCGUCUUUCCAAGCCAUGCUCCACCGACAGCUCCCCAAACUCCAAUUCCAUCCCCGUCCACCUACAACACCAUAGCUUAUUCGGUCCCAAUGACCUACACAAAAACCCUAUCCCAGUACAAACGAUCGCCGGCCCUGGAAACCAUCGCCGGUAUCAAGUUUUCGUCCCCGCGAGCGCUUCUACCUACGCCAACCUUCACCGGUGCCAUUACCAAACUUCACCCCUCGAGCGCUGUCAGCAAAACCAUCCAGAACACCAAGUCACCUUAGCCAACCCUAGGGUCAUCCAUCCCCAUCCAGAAUUGUAUUUAGCCAACUCAGAACUUCCGCUGACAGAUAAGACUACUUACUAAGCCUCGUUCAACGAUAAGAUUAAUUGUACUAUGCCUAAUGAAAGGAAACAAAAGAAAAAUUUCCACAUUUUUGUUACCAUUUUUGCUCCAGCUAUUGCUGGUGCCGAUCUUUGUUUUUAGAUCUUAAGUAACAAGGGUAGCGUAUUGCGCGUGGAAGGUGCAACUACUGUAAGUAUGAAUAUGUGAUUCGUUUGUUAGGUUUUGUUGCCUUAACAGAUUACUUUUUAAAUAAAACGAAA